AGUGUUGCUGUACUUUAUCCUGCAGGAACAAACCGAGCGGUCCGGAACUGAGAGACUGAAGCGUUACUACUACUGACACACUAGAUUCACUCCUUACUUCACUAACUUAUUCAGUCCUUUAACCAUGGCUCAGUGCGCUCCAGCUUGCUCCAACUGCACCCCUAACGGAGACUCGGAUAAACCGAGGAGAGUGGCUAUCAUCACCGGCAUCACCGGCCAGGAUGGCUCGUACUUGGCAGAAUUUCUGCUGGAAAAAGGCUAUGAGGUUCACGGUAUCCUCCGCAGGUCCAGUUCCUUUAACACAGGCCGUAUCGAGCACCUUUACCACAACCCUCAGACACACACCGAAGGAAAUAUGAAGUUGCACUAUGGAGACCUGACUGACAGCACAUGCCUGGUUAAAAUAAUCAAUGAAGUCAAACCCACUGAAAUCUACAAUCUGGGAGCACAAAGCCACGUUAAGAUUUCCUUCGACUUGGCGGAGUACACUGCAGAUGUCGACGGUGUUGGUACGCUGCGUUUGCUGGAUGCAGUAAAGACCUGCGGAUUGACGAACGGUGUGCGGUUCUACCAGGCGUCCACCAGUGAACUGUAUGGCAAAGUGCAGGAGAUCCCACAGAAAGAGACCACGCCGUUCUACCCACGUUCACCUUACGGUGCUGCUAAGCUGUACGCGUACUGGAUCGUGGUGAACUUCAGAGAGGCGUAUAAUCUUUUUGCUGUGAAUGGAAUUCUCUUCAAUCAUGAGAGUCCUAGAAGAGGUUCUAAUUUUGUGACACGGAAAAUUAGCCGUUCAGUGGCAAAGAUCCACCUCGGUCAACUGCAGUGCUUCAGUUUGGGUAAUCUGGACUCCAAGAGAGACUGGGGCCACGCCAGAGACUAUGUGGAGGCCAUGUGGCUGAUGCUGCAGCAGAAGGAGCCGGAGGAUUUCGUUAUAGCGACGGGAGAGGUGCACAGCGUGAGGGAGUUCGUGGAGAGAGCUUUCAAACACGUGGGAAAGACUAUAGUGUGGGAAGGGAAGGAUGAGAAGGAGGUCGGUAGGUGUCAGGAGACAGGAGUCAUCCACGUCAGAGUGGACCCCAAAUACUACCGUCCCACUGAAGUGGACUACCUGCAGGGAGACAGUACUAAAGCGCUGAAGAUGCUCGGCUGGAAGCCACAAGUGACAUUUGAGGAGCUGGUAAAGGAGAUGGUGGAUGCAGAUGUUAGUCUCAUGAGGAGCAACCCAAACGCAUGAGCCCGCAGCACAUCAACAUACCAGUGGCGUGUGGGUGGGUGUGGGUGUGGGUGUGGGUGUGGGUGUGUAUGAAGGAGUACUCUUUUUCUUUUCAAGUUCGCAGUUCCUCCAGAAAGGCCGGUGCUGCUUUUUACAUUCCACUUUUCUUUUAUACUGAUUCAUGAGCAUUUGGACAUUUUUAGGGUUGUAACAAUUGUAUGCAAUUAUUAGGUUUAUUAUUUAAGAUUAUUCUUCCUGUUAUGAUGAUUGUGAAAGGAUGUAGAUGUGUUUAAUGACAUUCUAGUUGUAUAGCAGUUUUAUUUUUCCCAAAGAUACAAACAAGGUCAGUGUGCCUUCAAGGUUUUAUCUUCAGUUCCUCCUGGAAUUUUCUUUAACAUUCAUAUAAAUGUAAUCACUUCUUGUUAUAUUUGUGCUAAACAUCAGACAGACUUGCUUUUACAUUUAUUGCAAAUAAAUCACAUUUCUUAAUAGAUCAUUAAAGUAAUCACAGAAACAAAUCAUGCAAAAAUAAUUAAACAUUUUAUAAUAAACUAAAUAAAACUGUUUUGUACAUCAUCAACAUUGUUGUGAGCCACAAAAAAUCAGCAACAGACAUAAAAGACGUUUGUCCCACUUUAUUUGACUAUAUUUUAAUUAUUGUCUGUAUAGUUUACAUGUGGAGGAUCUAUAAGAACGUUGAUGUUUGUUACAAUACUUUUAUUACAUUAUUUAAAUGUCAAAUAGUAGUUUAUUUUUAAAUGUGAUGUCUUUUCUUUAGUUUAUUGUUAUGCCUCAUCCAUAAAAGGUGCAAAUAGUGUCACAAAUAUUGAGAAACACCACUGUCAACUCAAGCAUUUUAUACCUCACCAGUAAAGAUGCUACAAGAUCCUGGUUUGGGACAGAAUUCUGUUUUAUUUUAUUUAUUUUUAAAGGUGUCUAUUUCCAUUGAUUCCUUUUUUUCUGAAAGUGUGCAGCGAUCCUACAGUGCUUAAUUUCAUUACAUUACAGAGUGUAAGCAGCUUUUUGGUGCAGGCUUUGUAUAUGGAUUUGAAACAUGAUCAGACCAAGUACCUGUAUAUCUAUAAAAUAAUGUUGGUCUGAUAGCUGCAUAAUAAUACUGGAAAUCACAAAUUGAUUAGCACCAGGUGUUUUAUUCAGCAGUUUUUUGCUUCAGCUGCUUGUACUAAUAUCUAAGCACAGUGAUAAUCACACAUAGUGCUGAUGUUGAGCCAGUUUGAUCUAGCUAUGAGGCGUUUUACUCUGGGCUUUCCCCUGUAUAAAAAUGAAAUCACUGAGCCACUUCUUAAGCCCAUCAAUAUAUUUUGUGUAUCGUUGAACCCCUAGCAAAUUAUUUCUUUUAAAACAGUUGUUUUAACUGUGCCAAGUAAAAUAUUAAAACACCUCACAACAUGAAUAUGUAAUCCUAAUUUUGUUUAUUAAAUAUGAUUUUAAAUCAUUUUAAACGA